AUGAAUCUGAACUCGCCGUUCUUGCGUCGUUCACUACCAGUCGUGGGAAAAGCUGCGGUGUUAGCCGGCCAUCAACCAUCUGCGCCACUCACGGUCGGUGCGGCUUGUCUCCGUCCAAGAAGCAGUCAAGAGCGCCUCUACGCAGAUCGAUCCGCUCACGUAGUUGAUUUCAGGAAGAUGGACGAGUCCGACGGAUCUCAAGAGAGCCUAUCCGACUCGAGCUUCGAUAGUCAGGAUGAGAACGAGGACUACGGGCUAGAAGAUGUCCGAAAUAACCUACAGUUCAUGCGGGUGCAACCACCCGCUCCUGAUACUCGAUUUGAGCGCUUGUUUCGAGAAGACGUUGAGCUACUAGAUCGCUUGUGCUCCUACUUGUCUCCGGAAGAUCUUGCAGCACUGUCCUUGGUCAAUAGAAACGUCAGUGCCGAAGCACGCGCGUACGUUCGACGCGCGAUAGCUAUGAUCGGUCGAGUGCUAUCGCCUUUCUUCAACAACGUGGACGGCUUUCGCACCAUGCAGGCCAAGACUGGUACACUCGUUUCGGGGUCGACAGCUCUGCAACUUCUUGACAGAACUACAUAUACCAACUCCGAUCUUGAUCUCUACGUCGACCACCGCUACGCUGGCGACGUCGUCACCUAUCUCCUCGAGCAGGAGGGAUACUCCUUCGAGCGUCGCGGGCACCAAGAUGUCAAUGCCCACCGAGCGCUCGAAAACGUCGUUCAUAUACAAGACGUGUAUGGUCUUCCCGAACCUGUUCCCGCUAUGCCCGGAUAUCUGGGGCGUGGGAUACGCGCUGUGCUCGACUUCACCCGUGGAGACAAGAAGAUACAACUGAUAACGAGCAAGAAGGCGCCUCUGGAUAUCAUCCUACUCUUUCAUUCCACUUGUGUCAUGAACGUGAUCACCCACCAAAGAGCGUAUUCGCUCUUCCCUCGAGCGACUCUUAUCGACCGCGUGACACUGGCCAUCAAUACAGCCGGAGAAGGCGAGAGGUGGGACAUCGCUCGUCAGAAAUAUGCCAAUCGCGGAUGGCGCGUCGUCGAUCUCGGCAAUGAGUCGCUCGCUCUCGAAGAAUCCACCGACUUCCAGAGUAUGGAUCGUUGGGUAGGCGACUCAGAGACAUGGACGGUGCCCCUUCUUCCCAAACUACCGCAUCUGGAGGACGACUUCAUGUCUAUCAACGCGUUCAGGCUCGCUUAUGACAGCCAGCACGGCGCGGAGAUCGGUUACGACCUCUGCGAAAGUCCGCGCUUGAAGUUCUGCUAUACGUCGCUCAAGGCUGAACGCACGUUGCUCAUGCCUAUCAUUGUGUCCCUCAUCAACAGGCCACAUAGCGGUACAGACUUCCUAGACAAGGGGUUGAGCGAAGGAAUGAGGUUAUUGCGCGACAUCAGACUGUAUAGGCCAGGCGAGAGGGUAGCAUAUUCGAGGAAGCAUGUUUCCUUCACGCAGGCCAGCCGCUGGUAUCGGUGA